ACCGCUUCCCAGCGGGACCGUCCAAACCCCUGGACGCGCCUCUGGGCGGCUUCCCAUCACAUUUUCCUGCAACUCAAAGUGUGUUUUCGUACCGGGAGAGAUGCCCAUCGGACAGGGCGAAAGCGAAUAGGUUUUAGGAAGCAUCCCGGAGCGUUCUUCCAUUCGGCGAACCGCGAGCAAAUAAACGGCGUCUUUCUACGCUGCAGACGGUGUGUUUUGCACUUUUCUUCGCGCACAAGACUGUGUCCAGGAGCGGGACCAGCAGCAGUAAAACGCCUCGUCUUAGUCCCCCAGAGCCCGUUUGGGUAGUGGACUCAUGCCGAAGCGAGCCGUGGCCUUUGGACCUUAAUGCUAAAGUCCUAAUCCGCCCGUUCCUACCUGUUUGCUUUCCCCCUGAAGGAGAGAAUGUUCAACUGGUCGAAAUUAGCAUCCGCUCUGGUUUGGACGUCGCGCUGGCUGCUACUGACGCUAAGCUAAGCUAAGCUAAGCUACCACAGAUAAUGGUCUGCUGACAACAGCCAACAAGCCUUAACGUGUAUUUGUGUUCGCUGACUCAUUGUGUUGAUGUUGUGGUGUCACGUGAGUGAUGGAGGGACAACAAACUCAUUUAUUUACGUUAUGAAUCCGAUUAUUGAUUCACAAAGACAAGUAAUGACAUGAAUAAGCUUUCACAGUUUACAUUCAAUACAUAUCUUUAUAUUUUUUAUUUUCUUGUUUUAUUUCUUAACAUCAACAUGAACAGCAUUAGAGGAUCGAUAGUUUGUGUAUUUAGGAAAUAGUUCUGUAACAAUAGUAAUAUUAUUAUAAUCAAACUAUAUAAUUACUGGGCUGAAAUGCUGCUUUCUAUAUACUUUUACUGGUGUUACUUUUUCUGUAAUUUUACCCCAUCAGCAUUUUGAAUGGAGUAUUUUAACUGGAUACUAUUAGUACUUGAGUGUAAUAUCCGUGUACCUGUUACUCCUGGUACCUGUACUGCUCUGUAGCUCCGCCCCCUUUCAUUCAAAUCCAAGUUCCUCAUGCAAAAAGCAAGGGUCACCUGUCACAGGUAAUAAUGAGGGCCGGAUGUGCAUGUAAAAUUGUUUUACUGGAUAUUUAAAAGUUCUUUUGUUAACGCUGAAGCAUUCAGAAUUCUAUUUUAUUAUUAUUUCUAACUAUAAUGUAAUUACAACCGUUACAGUUUUAUUAACCCACAAAUCACCUCAUUGUAUGUUCUUUGGUUAUCAUUCAAUACAUUCCAUUAUAAAUAUUAGUUAUAUUACUUUCCAAUACUUUUUUACCGAUGGGCCGAUGAAUAGUCGGUGUAGUACUCCUUGGUGAGGAGUAUUGUGUUGGGGCCGGUGUGCGAUUACUCCCGACAAGAAGCACGACCCAGCGGCUGGUGUUAGAUAUCCAGACGUGUGAAGGUCACACACACACACACACUGGGUUUGUUGGCUCUAAUAAUAGUGUGGAUCAGGCCCUGGAUACUGGGAGGAGGAGGAGGAGGAGGAGGAGGAGGAGGAGGAGCUCCUGCUGGGCUCGGCGCUUUGAUUCCUCCUCGCUGGGGUUUCUUUCUGCUUCUUGGUCCUCGUGUCUUUAUCCCUGGAGGCCUGUGUCUCGGUGAGACCCGGGUCCAUGCAGCGCUACCGCCACUACGGCACCUCCUGCCCCCCCGAGCCCCCCCCAGCUCCCGUAGAGGAGAUCAGUGCCGAGGAGGAGGUGUACACUGAGGAGGAGGUGUACACUGAGGAGGAGGUUUACACUGAAGAGGAGGUGUAUGGCGAGGAGGCGGAGCCGCUGAUACAGGAGGAGGCGGAGCCUGUGCUCCAACAGACAGAAGGCGUAGAAGAGGAGGAGGAGGAGGCCUCGCAGACGAAGGAGGAGGUGCAGCCCCUCGUCCAGGAGACGCGUGGGAAAGAGGGGAAGACGGCGGUGGAGAGCAAGAAUGGAAAGAGGCCUGAGAGAGGAGGAGGAGGAGGAGGAGGAACCAAGUACUCCAUGUUCACCUGGUUCGUGGUCCUGGCUCUGCUGGGGGUCUGGAGCUCCGUGGCCGUGAUCUACUUCGAGGUCGUGGACUACGACAGCGUCAUCGCCAGAGCAAAGGAGUUUCCUAUGAACUUAUCAGAAGUUCUGCAAGGCAAGCUGACGGCUUAUGACACCGAUGGAGACGGAGACUUUGACGUUGAAGACGCUAAAGUUCUGCUCGGCCUGAAGGCAGCAGAGAGGCCAGGUGUGGGCGAUCCACCUGAGGAGAGAGCAGGUCUGAAAACAAAAGAAACCGCAGAGCAUCCAGCUGAAAGGACCAAUCAGAGAGCUUCAGAGUCCCAGGGGGCGGAGCCAAAACAGGCUACGUCGCACGAAACCCCACCCAGCGAGACAGAGAGCAGCUCCGCCCACCAUGAAGAUGAUGAUGACGAAGCUGCCGUCCCUCUGGUGGAAGACGACUUUGUGCCAGAUGACCCCAGAGACAGCCGUCAUCCACAAGAAGCUCGAACUGAAACAAUAGACACAACUGGAGUUCUGUUGGAGGAGCGCCCCCCAGAGGAGAGUCCAGCAGAGUCUGGACGAUACCUGACGAGCUCCAAGUUCUCCCAGCAAUCAGAGGUGGAGGCACAGAACCGGUCUGAACCAGUAGAACCGCAACCUGAGAGCGACUCACCAAAGGAGGCGGAGGGUGAACUGCACACUGACAAGGCGCCACCUAGUGCAAAGAAAAAGAAACCCAAGUUGUUGAAUAAGUUUGACAAGACGAUUAAAGCAGAAAUUGACGCUGCAGAAAAACUCCGCAAGAAGGGGAAGCUGGAAGAAGCUCUGAGGGCGUUUGAGUCUCUGGUCGGACAGAAUCCUCAGAGCCCCCGAGCCCGCUACGGGAGAGCCCAGGUGGAGGACGACCUGGCUGAGAAGCUGCGUAGUAACGACAUGCUGCAGAAAGCCAUCAACAGCUACAGAGAAGCUGCCGAACUCCCCGACGUGACCUCUGACCUCCUGAGGGCGGCGCUGAAGAGACGCGCCGAGCGACAGCAGUUCCUGGGUCGUAUCCGGGGCUCCCUGGCUACGCUGGAGAAGAUGGUGCAGAUCUUUCCGGAGGACAUCAGCCUGAAGAACGAAAUGGGCGUUGCUCACCUGUUGCUAGGCGACAACAAGGGCGCCAGGAGGGUCUUUGGGGAGGUCCUGGCGGUUGCCCCUAGCGACGGCUUCGCUAAAGUUCACUACGGCUUCAUCUUGAAGUCAGAGAACAUGAUAGCAGAGAGCAUUCCGUACCUGAAGGAAGGGAUCGAGUCGGGGGAACCGGGGACGGAUGACGGAAGGUUCUAUUUCCACCUGGGAGACGCGCUGCAGAGGGUCGGAGACGAGAGCGCUUACCACUGGUACGAGUUGGGUCACAAGCGAGGUCACUUUGCGUCGGUGUGGCAGAGGUCUCUCUACAACGUGGACGGACUGAAGGCUCAGCCGUGGUGGACAGCCAAGGAGACGGGCUACACCGACCUGGUCCGGACGUUGGAGAGGAACUGGAAGACCAUCCGGGACGAGGCUUUGGCCGUGAUGGACCAGAAGACGGGCUCCUUUGUUCCUGAGGAGGAGAACCUGAGGGAGAAAGGCGAGUGGGGCCAGUACACGCUGUGGCAACAAGGAAAGAAAGCAGGGAACGGCUGCCACGGCGUCCCCAAGACCUGCUCCCUGCUGGAGAAGUACUCUGAGGCCACAGGCUGCAAGAGAGGACAGAUCAAGUUCUCCGUGAUGCACCCUGGGACACACGUGUGGCCUCACACUGGUCCCACUAACUGCAGACUCAGGAUGCAUCUCGGCCUCGUCGUCCCCAAACCCGGCUGCAAGAUCCGCUGCACCAACCAGACCAGGGAGUGGGAGGAGGGCCGCGUCCUGAUCUUCGAUGACUCCUUCGAGCACGAGGUGUGGCAGGAUGCCGCCAGCUACCGGCUCAUCUUCAUCGUGGACGUGUGGCACCCGGAGCUCACGGCCCUCCAGCGCCACAGCCUGAGCGCCAUCUAGAGGGCAGCGCCGGCCAAUCAGAGCGCACGCUGCUCCUCCUGCUGCCGCCGGGUGGGAGAGCACUUCCUGUGACGGGUUCCGUGUGAAGGAUGGAACCGUCGGACCGAAGGAGACGGAAACGUUGCUACUUGACUUUACAAGCCGAGACGCACACACACACACACACAGGGACACACACACACACACACGGUACGCCUUCUGCUCCAACGGGCUCAGGGUUCUGGUUCGGGGUUAUUUGUUUUUUUCUAUAUUUAACAGAAAAUAAAGUUUUUGUAUCCUUUCUCUGUCUCCUCUCCUCAUCUCCUUUCUCUGUCUCCUCUCCCCUACUUGUGGUUUCAGGUCCUGGUCCUGGUUCUGGUGUUGGGUUUUAAGUGGAUGUGUAGAUUUGUUUUUAGGUUUAUUUUCUGUUAAAUAGAAUAAAAACAGCUGUUCUGUUGAAAGCAACUCAAAUGUUUACUUUAAUUCACAAGUUGUUGUUGUUAUUGUUUAUUAGAUAAGAGGCCUUCAUUUUUACCACUGAGUUUUUCUUUCACAUUUGCACAAAACAACAAAACACAGUUAUUAAAGAUUUAUAUUUGUAUUAAAAAUGAUUAAAACACAAAGAAAACGUGUUUUUAUUUGUUCGAUCAGCUGUUUCUGAGGAAACAUCUGCAUCUCUUUUCCUUGUUUCCUUUCCUCAUCGCCAUUCCUCCUGUUUCCUUUUCCUCUCCUCCUCUCCUCUAGUUAUCUCCUUUCCUUCUCAUCUCCUCUCUUUGUCUCUUGUCCUCAGCCCCUCUCAUCUUUUCCUCCACUUCCCUCUCCUUGUCUCCUUCCCUAGUCGUAGGCCCCGGUGAGUGUUGGAAUGAAGCCUUUGAGUUCUGUGUAAAUGUUUAUUCUCUACAUUCAUUCCAGUGAAUACAUUAGUCGGGUGGAGACCACGCCGCUGCUCAGUGAGAUCACCUGAUCACAAGUUAAACACAAAGUGGUGACGGACGUAAAUCAACAUCCCAUUGAGAUUUUCAAAAUAAAAGCAUCAACCUGCAAAGCAUGACGAGGUUUUAAAAAGCUGAAGGUACCUUAAACCUCUGGUUACAUUGAUUAAGUGUGUCACAUUCUUCUUUGAGUGCACUAAUACUUCUAACAAUAAUAUACAAUCCUCAUAAUAACUUAAUAUUCAGUAGAAACAAUCUUUCCCUUUGAGGUCAAAGGUCAUAAUUUGGCAUUGUGUGGUUUCCUUACAGCAUAAUACUUUAAUUAUUUCUCACUGUUGGAGCGGUUUCUUUUAUCCGCUCAUGAUCAAGUUAUUUCUCUUUCAGAUUAUCAGGACGUUAAAUUCAAAAGUAUUUUGAUUCAUGAGUUUUGGUAAAAUACUCUUAAAAUACUUAGAUAGUCGGUAAAGAGUUUUUUCACAUUUUUGAUUCACAGCUCAGAAAACCAAAGAUAAAUGUUUUAUCACAUUUAUGUUUCCCCAACUAGGAUUCUCUUUAAUCCCAAAUUAAAUCAGGAAUUACAUUUAAACCUGUUGGCUUCUCGCAGAACAUUAUAUAUGAUACAUUAUAUAUUAUACCAUAUAUAUGAUACAUUAUAUAUUAUACCAUAUAUAUGAUACAUUAUAUAUUAUACCAUAUAUAUGAUACAUUAUAUAUGAUACCAUAUAUAUGAUACAUUAUAUAUGAUACCAUAUAUAUGAUACAUUAUAUAUUAUACCAUAUAUAUGAUACAUUAUAUAUGAUACCAUAUAUAUGAUACAUUAUAUAUGAUACAUACGUUCUAAAGAAAUCAAGCAUGAUAGAAAUGCUCUAAACUCUUUAAUCUUUUUUAAUCCAGGUUUAAUUGAUUAAAAAGAAUCCUUGUUCAUUGUUUGUUUUCUGAGGUUUAAAUAAAGUUUUACUGAUUGAACGCAAUCGUCACACUGAAUGUCUCACAAAACAUCAGAGGACAGAUGGAGAGGCUCAGAGACAGGACAGUGUGUGUGUGUGUGUGUGUGUGUGUAUGUGUGUGUGUGUGUGUGUGUGUGUGUGUGUGUGUGUGUGUGUGUGUGUGUGUGUGUGUGAGUGUGUGUGUGUGUGUGUGUGUGUGUGUGUGUAUGUGUGUGUGUGUGUGUGUGUGUGUGUGUGUGUGUGUGUGUGUGUGUGUGUGUGUGAGUGUGUGUGUGCGUGUGUGUGUGUGUGUGUGUGUGUCUAUGUGUGUGAGUGUGUAUGCGUGUGUGCGUGUGUCUGUGUGUGUGUGUGUGUGUGUGUCUAUGUGUGUGAGUGUGUAUGCGUGUGUGUGUGUGUGUGUGUGUGUGUGUGAGUGUGUGUGUGUGUGUGAGUGUGUGUGUGAGUGUGUGUGUGUGUGUGUGUGUGUGUGUGUGUGUGUGUGUGAGUGUGUGUGUGUGUGUCUAUGUGUGUGAGUGUGUAUGCGUGUGUGUGUGUGUGUGUGUGUCUAUGUGUGUGAGUGUGUAUGCGUGUGUGUGUGUGUGUGUGUGUGUGUGUGUGUCUGUGUGUGUGUGUGUGUGUGUGUGGGUGUGUGUGUGAGUGUGUAUGCGUGUGUGUGUGUCUGUGUGUGUCUGUCUGUGUGUGUGUGUGUGUAUGCGUGUGUGUGUGUGUGUGUCUGUGUGUGUAUGUGUGUGUGUGUGAGUGUGUAUGCGUGUGUGUGUGUCUGUGUGUGUCUGUCUGUGUGUGUGUGUGUGUGUGUGUGUGUCUGUCUGUGUGUGUGUGUGUGUGUGUGUGUGUGUCUGUGUGUGUGUGUCUGUGUGUGUGUGUGUGUGUGUGUCUAUGUGUGUGUGUGAGUGUGUAUGCGUGUGUGUGUGUGU